AUGGCCGCGCGGGGCCGCCCCGGCUGCCCGCUCCUUCGGGCGCCGCCACCUCGGGCCCGCGCAGCGCCGCCGGGGCCGCCUGCGCCGGGGCCCCGCGAGGUUUUUGGAAUGCCAGAAGUGAUCAUUCCAGAAGAUGGACUUACCCUAGAGACCUCCAUAACAAUAUCAAGGAACAAAGAGAUAGACAAAAUGGAAAAUUACAUAUUUGGAAGGCCAAAAGAAGAAGCGGUAAUUGAACCAAUCCAAGCAGUACCACGAUGGGAUGUUUCAUCUAAAAUUGAGAAAAAUAAGAAUUUGUCCAGCAGUCUUCCCCAGACUGCACAAGGAACUACAGGUGAAAAUGAAAAAGAAUCCAGGAACAUUAAGAAAGCACCUGAGAAAGAACUUUGUGCUCAAAUUCAGGCAAACGGUAUCAAAAAUCAUAAUAAUGAUGAGCUACUGACAGAAAUAUCAGAUGACAAUAAUGAAAUUAGCAAUGAACAAAGUGAAAAUGAGGAUGGGAAAUUUAGUGCACCACUAGAAUUACUGGCAGAGUUCCUGAAAGCAAUUAUGAAUGGAAACUACAAUCUUGCAAAAAACCUUUGUCAGAUGAUUCUGAUCUAUGAACCAGAAAAUGCUGAGGCUAAGCAGUUUUUUCCACUUCUUGAAGAAAAGUUGUUGAUGGAAACGGCACAGAAACUUGCUGAAGGGGACAGCAAAGAUGAAGAAACCAUUGAUGGAAGCAGUGAUGACAACAAGGAGAGUACUAGUUGUUCAAAUAGUGGUGAUGAAGAAAGUGAAGGAAGUUCUGAUUCUGAUGAAUCUGCGGAAAAUUAGUUUGGAAAUUCAUCUGCAAUAUUUUGUUUGAUGAUUCUGGUUUUCCAAAAGGCAUGUUAAAGUGUACUGUUCAAUCACAAUUCCUUUCCUGUACUUCAGUAGUCCUUUUUGUGUAUGUAUUAUUUUCAAACUUAUAUCUGCAAAAUUUACCUUGAUCUACAACUUAGUGACACAUACAAAUUUGAUAUAUGCGGAAGCAAUUGGUAAAAUAUUUUCCCCCUGGAGCUGCAGGUCAUAUGGAAACUAUGGUGUAGAUUGUUAGUUGAGCAAAUGCAUUGUAUUCUAGGAGCAUUAUGCUUGCCAUAUUCCUUUUCAUCAUUUGAAAAGGGGAAAACUGAUCUUCCCAGAUGAUUACAUAAACUCUGUUUUGCGAAGUGAUGAUGAUAUUUUGAGUGACAGAAAUGCCAUCCUAAAAUAUAAAU